AUGGCAGGGGCGGAUGAUCUUGUCGUGACAGUCCAGGACAGCCUGGAUCUGGCGGACUGCUUCGAUCUAGACAGCAGGCAAAUUCUCCUGCACGAAAGCGGCCACUGCGUGCCACAGCAGGCGCGCCACUGCGCCGAAGUUGUGGCCUUUGUUUCGCAGUUUUGGGACGCUGCGCCUACACAGCCGUCAGCAGCAGCCACCAUCGGGCCCCCGCCGGCCCAAGCUGGCAUCGGCGUAGUGCGCAGGUCGGCUGGCGAGGUGGCAUCUGUGGCGCCGUUCAAGCCGACAGAGGAGCAGCUGGAGGAGAUCGAGGCGCUCGAGGCCAUCUUCAUGUCCGAGUUCACAUCGAUACAGUCAUCGCCGCCGCGGUUUGCAAUCAAACUGCGGCAGCCGGGCGCCGGCAGUGAUGAGGAGGAGCGGGAUGGGGAGCGCGGAGCGGACGCCGGCGCCUCGGCGACAGAGGGGCCAGUCAGCCGCCUUUUCACGCUGAGGUUCACGCUUACCAGGGAUUACCCUGCAUCAGGCGGCCCUGUCAUCGAGGUUCUGGGGCCCCUGGGUGUCAAUGACCCGCGCCGCACGGCCCUUGUGUCGGCGCUGGGUGCCGAAACCACGUUGCAGCGCGAGGCGAUGGGCGGCGCCGGCUUUGUAUACCCCUUGGUGGCGUUUGCGCAGGAGUGGAUUGACGCCAAUCUCCCUCCUGACCUCGGCAGCCGGAAGGAUGGAACAGACGCAGCGGCCGCGGCGACGCCUGCACUGGCUGCGGGAGCCGGGGGACCUGAUGACGUGGCGGCUGCGGCGCCCGCGCUGGUGUGGUGGGACGAGGAGGAGGCGGACGGAGAGCUGAUCAGGGUCGCGACUGAGGAGGCCGCUGCGGCGCAGUGGGCGGCUUGGCGGGGCAGCGACGCGGCAGUGGUGGAGGAGGAGGGGGUGGGCGCAGACGGGACGAGCUGCGAACCCCGCCAACAGCAGCAUCAGCAGCAGCAGCAGCAGCAACAGCAGCAGCCGGCAUGGGAGGCGGCGGCCAGCGAGGGGCAGCGAGGUGCAUGGUCCUACUGCGUGGGCUUGGUUGGAAAGCCGUCGGCUGGCAAAAGCAGCCUAUUCAACGCCGUAACAGACCCGGAAGACGAGCGCGACGAGGCAAAGGUUGGCGCCUACCCUUUUACCACCAUCGACCCCAACAUCGGCCGCGGCUACGCGCUCGUCCCGGACCCCUCCCCGCUGCUGGGCCUCUCCCUGGCCCAAGCCAAGCCGCAGUUCGGCUUUGCCCCGGGCUUCGACCCGUCUGUGGCGCCCCCCGGCCUCAGCCGCGUGGGGCCGCUGCUCAGGGUGGCGGAGCGCUUUGGUGGCUGCGGGAUGACGGCCUGGAGGAGGGUGCCUGUGGUCAUCAAAGACGUGGCCGGCCUCGUGCCAGGCGCGUACAAGGGCCGGGGCAGGGGCAACGCGUUCCUUAACGACCUGUGUGAUGCGGACGCCCUCAUCCACGUGGUGGACGCCAGCGGCACCACCGACACUGGGGGAGGGGCGGCCAAGGAGGGGGAGGGCGCGGACCCGCGCGACGACGUCAGGCAAGAGGGAGGGGGAGGGGCGUUGUGGGUGCGAGAGGAGCUGCACCGCUGGGUGUUCAAUAACGUGCGGGCAAAGUGGCCGCAGGUGCUGCGGCGCCCGUCAAGGCUGAUGGACCUAUUCUCCGGGUACCACGCUCCAAGGUCCCUGGUAGACGCGGUGCUGUCGCACUGCGGUGUGAGACCCGACGCCCUGGCGGCCGAGGGGGCCGGCCUCAAGCAGAGCGGCCCGCCAGGCAAAGAGGCGCUCCCCACGACGGCAGCCCCAGGGCAGCAGCAGCAGCAGCAGCAGGCACAUGGGCAGCAACAGGGGCAGCAGCAGCAUCAGCAGCAGCAGCGGGGCGGCCUCGGCGCUCGGGGGCUGGAGGGGCGGGUGGUGGCUUACAAAAGUGUGCAGGAGUGGCAAGAGGCCGAUCUUCACAGGCUGGUCGCCCACUUCUUGGCGGCGCGAUUUCCGAUCCUGCUGGCGCUCAACAAAGCCGACCUGCCGUCAGCGCGCGACCACAUACCUCGCGUCCUGGCGGCAUACCCCCACGACCCGGCCGUCCCCGUCAGCGCCGCCUCAGAGCGCGCGCUCUGCGGCCUGCGGCGCGCGGGGCUGGUGGCGUACACCCCCGGCACGCCCGACGCCGCAAUGGUCCCGGGCGGCGGCGGCGGCAGCGGUGGCGAGCGCGCGUCGUCCUCUGCGUCCGCUGCUGCUGCAGCGGCAGCGGAACAGCUGGCGGCAAUAGAGGCCAAGGUGCUGCGUCCACUGGGCAGCACCGGGGCUGCGCUGGCGCUGAGCUGUGCUGUGGCGAUGCGGCCGCCGCGGCUGGUGUUCCCCGUGGGAGACCGCGAGACCUUGGCAGCCAUAGCCGCCGGGCCCCGCGCCGGGCGUGCCGGCGGCGCGGGCACCGCGACCGGCGCCGGCAAGGCGCGCCGCGCCGACGGCGGCGCGCCGGGCGUGCUGAGGGACUGCGUUCUGAUGCGGCAGGGCAGCCGGGUGGGCGACGUGUACGAGGCGAAGCAGCUGCCGCCGAGCGCACAGCGCUCAGAUCAGCAGCAGCAGCAGCAGCAGCAGCAGCAGCAGCAGCAGCAGCAGCAGCAGCAGCAGCAGCAGCAGCAGCAGCAGUGGCGGCUUGCACGGAAGGACGAGCCGCUCGGGCCCGCCAACUGCGUCCUCCUGCUGCUGACAAACCGCCGGACAGCGUGGCAAGCUGCAGCGCGCCAGCAUGCGCAUUCAUGA